UUUGCAGGCAUUUCUAAGAGUGGUGAAGAUUUGGAAACUGAUCCUCGAGUUAACAGUCAGUUAUCUUCAAGUGAUGAAUCUGGUGGUCUAGAGUCUUUUGCUGAAAGAUUGAAGGAGAAGUGGCAAAGUGAAGGAGAAUCAGACAGUUAUUGCCAAAAUUCCUCUGGAGAAAGUGACACUGGUUUUGAACCACUAAGAGACGAAAAGGACAAAGAACUUAAAAAGAAACAUAAAUACAACAGAGAGAAUAGUUCCAAGGAUAAAAAACUCAAACGUAAUGAAGAAAAGGGAAACCGGAUAGGAGGAAGCAAUGUGGAGAAGAAAAAGACUGAAGAAAGUAAGAAAGGUAACAGGAGUAAGAUUGAUAUUGGGAAAGAUACAAGUAAAAAAAUUACCUUUGAUGAAAGCGAUGAGGAAAAAGUUGAACCCACUUUAGAAAACAACACCAAAAAGGUAGAGGAAGAAAUGGACUGUGAUAAUAUUGGAAGUAGUUUUGAUGAAAAUCUUAAAGGAAAUGGUAUUAAAUUAGAAAAAGAACCUGAUGUGGGAAAUUCAAAUAUUGAUAACGAAAAUAUUGAUACAGAAAAUGCUUCUAAAGAAUAUAAACAAUUACGUAAAAGAGAGCUUAACAAACCUGGUCUUGACUCGUCAGUUGAAGAGAGUGACAUCAAAAUUGAAAGAGAGGAUGAAGUUGAAAAUGAGUCAAAUGAUGAAAAAAUUAAAAACAAAACAAACUCUAAGGGCAAGGAAAAGAAAUUAAAAACUGCAUCUGUCCGAAACCAAAGACGCUCAAAAAAAUCUAAUCUGUUGGAUUCGAGUGAUGAAGAUGAUGAGCCUAGUCAUGAGAAGGAGACAAAUUUACAACAUAUUCUAAGUUCUGAUGAGGAAAAUAAGGAGUCAGACCAAGAAGUAAAGGAUAAAGAGAGCAUGAGUCCAGUUGAAGUGGUGAGUUCUACAGAAUCAUCAGACCCAGAUGUAGCUCCGAAAAAGAAGAGGAAAAAACGAGGGUCGAGUGACAGUGAUAUGUCAGAAGUUCUGGAAAAUAAAAAGAAGAAAAAGAGAAAACUUAUCAGAUGUGCCAACUCAUCAGAUGAAAGCGGUGGGAGUGGUGAUGAAAGUGUGGAUGCCAAUAAGAAGAGUACUCAGGGAGAAUCACCUGGUAAAGGCGGGCGCAAAAAUAUUAAAAAAAUCAAAGGUAAAGGAGAUUUGGAAGACGCAACAAUUGAAGCCGCAGAAGAAGAAAAGGAAAGGAGAAGACGUGUUGAAGAAAGGCAGAAAUUGUUCAAUGAGGUGUUUGAAAUUAAAGAAACUAAAAUACUGGAUAAACUAGUUUUAGACUUCAAUGAAAGUGAUAAGAAGGAACUAAUAUCAGUAAAUAAAGGAUUGGUAGAAAAAAUGAAACCUCAUCAGGCGAAAGGAGUCAAAUUUAUGUGGGAUUCGUGUUUUGAGUCAAUUGCCCAAUUAAAAAAGAAAAAAGGUUCUGGCUGCAUUCUUGCUCACUGUAUGGGUCUUGGAAAAACUUUCCAGGUGAUCUCUCUGGUGCAUACUCUUCUCAUCAACGAAGAGACUCAAGUUCGCACAGUCAUGGUGGUGUGCCCUCUGUCCACUGUCCUCAACUGGUACAAUGAGUUUGACAAGUGGCUUGAAGACAUUGAGGGAGGCGACUCCAUCGAAGUUUUCCAUCUUACCAAGUGUAAACAAAACCCAGAACGUGCAAGAGAGCUAAGACGUUGGCAACAUAAUGGUGGAGUGUUGAUUAUGGGCUAUGAAAUGUUCCGAAAUCUCACCUGUGAAACAGCUAAAAAGUUCAAAGCAAAAAUGAAGAAGGAUUUUCAAGAAACCCUUGUAGAUCCUGGUGCUGAUCUGAUUGUGUGUGAUGAAGGUCACAUGUUGAAAAAUGAAAACACAGCUCUCUCAAAAGCUAUGAGCAAGUUAAAAACACUGCGGAGGAUUGUGCUCACAGGCACACCGAUGCAAAACAAUCUCAAAGAGUAUCAUUGCAUGGUACAGUUUGUCAAACCUAACUUGCUGGGUACCAGAAAGGAAUUUCUGAACCGUUUUGUGAACCCAAUAAGUAAUGGUCAGUUUGUUGACUCCACAGAAAGUGACGUCAAGCUGAUGAAGCGAAGAGCUCAUGUUUUGCACAAGAUGUUGGAAGGUCUUGUUCAGAGGUUUGACUACAAUGUGUUGACGCCAUUCCUGCCGCCGAAACAUGAGUAUGUGAUAUCGCUGUGCUUGUCGGAACUACAAGUAAAUUUGUAUAAACACUAUCUGGAGACCUACAGUCAGCAGUCAGAUAGUACCAAGGCUGGGAGUCGCCUCUUCCAGGACUGGCAGGCACUCGGCCGCAUCUGGACUCACCCUCGAGUCCUCAAGAUGAGCACUGACAAAGCUAAUCUACUUAAAGAGAAAAAGAUGAUGGAUGAGUCUGAUGAAGAAGGCUCUUUGAAGGAUUUUAUUGAUGACGGUUCAGACAGUGAAACAACUCCUGAAGAAUCUAGUGAUAACAGUUUGAGUGAUGCUAGUAUCAAAUCAAAUGAUGGGAAAAAGAAGAAAAUCAUACCAAACAGAAGAACUACUAGGUCAACAAGGUCAAAUUCAAAGAAUGCAGCACAGUUGGAGUCUUCAGGAGAUGAGAAAGAAGAUAAUGAAGAAGCUAUAGAGGAAUCAAAUACUGAGAGAGCAUGGUGGAGUGGAAUGGUAGAACCUGAACAUUUAGAUGAUAUAAACCAUAGUGCCAAAUUGGUUUUGCUGUUUGCGAUCCUCAGAGAAUGUGAAAUGAUUGAAGACAAAGUAUUAGUAUUCAGUCAGUCAUUGUUCUCUCUAGACUUGAUUGAAUAUUUUUUGGACAAGAUAGAUACAGCUACACAAGAAAAUCGACUAGAAGAAAAUCUUGGGAAUCAUCAAGGGACAUGGGCCAAAGGUCUUGACUACUUCAGACUUGACGGCUCUACUUCAUCUGAAAAUAGAAAUAUCUGGUGCAAAGCGUUCAACCGAGAAGAUAAUCCUAGGGCAAGACUAUUCCUCAUUUCAACCAGAGCUGGAGGCCUGGGUAUCAAUCUAACAGCUGCAAACCGAGUUAUUAUUUUUGAUGCUUCAUGGAACCCUUCCCAUGAUGUGCAGAGCAUUUUUAGAGUGUAUAGGUUCGGCCAAAGAAAACCAUGCUACGUCUACAGGUUUAUAGCUCAUGGCACAAUGGAGGAAAAAGUGUACGAUCGUCAAGUGGCAAAACAGUCAAUGUCAAAUAGAGUGGUGGAUGAACAGCAAGUUCACCGUCAUUUCUCCAUGAACGAUCUAAACGAAUUGUACAGUUUCACUCCACCGUCUAGUAAGGAGGAUCGCCCAAUCCCUGCGUUGCCCAAGGAUGGACUGAUGGCCGAGAUCCUUACCCAGUACAGUAACUGGAUUGAGAAAUACCACGAACAUGACUCACUGCUGGAGAACGUUGUAGAGGAAGAGCUCAAUGAGGAAGAACGUAAAGCAGCCUGGGAGGACUAUGAAAACGACAAAAAGAGAGGAUUCAUCCCUCAGACCACCGGAACUGGGGGAUCAUUUAUUAAUCCCAUGUCCCUGCAAAUAGAGAACCUUCGGAGGGCACUAAAAGCCAAGUAUCCCAACAAGCCAGAGCAGGAGCUGAACCAGAUGCUUGUGUACCAAGUGUCCAUGCUAAUGAGGCAACAACAGCUAGCUGCUCAAAAUCAAAUGGAAAUGAAUGCUCCAAGGCCUCAGAUGUACCCGCAAACUAAUAUGACGCCGGAACAAAUGUUCAAUCUGCAGCAACAGCAAAUCCGGAUGCAAUAUUUGCAACAGCAGCAGCAGCUCCAGAUGAAUCAGACUCAACACAAAACAGCCAAUAUGAGGAACAUCCUACCCAAACAGAUGGAUUACCAGCAACAGAUGUUGAUGCAACAGCAGGCAAACCUUGUCAGGAUGCAGAUGCAACAAAUGCAACAAAAUAUGUCACAGAACAUCUUGAAGAAUCAACUUACUCUGCCCAACCUAUCUAACCUCCUGAACAUGCAACCUAUGGUUUCCGGUGCAGCUGCCCAACUGCAGAGAAUGAGUCAGAGUCAGAAUUAUCAAUCACCCAAGCAGAGUGCAACUGAAAAACCAACCCAACCAGAGUCGUCUAAACCCUCUACUUAGAUAAACACCAUAUAUACUCAACAAUAUGAUUUAGGAUGAUAACAAAUCUGAAUCCCAGAUUGAAGGCUGUGUUUUAUAGCAUCUGUAUUGUUUAUGUGAUUUGUUUUAAAAAUAUAAUAGUUAAUUUUAACAAUCAAAAGAAAUGAUUUAACCACUAAAAUAACAUUUCUAAAUUGUUUGUUUUAUGUUGAUACGUAUAUGUAAGUGUUUUAUAGUUCCUUGAAUAGGUUAGCACAAACUCAGAUUAGUUAAUCAGCACACUAAAGUAAGUAAUUCAUUGCUACUGUAUUUUAUGUUUUAAACCAAAUAUCAAUACAUAUUUAUUUUGUAAUUGAGUUCAAAGCAGUUUAAGUAUUAUCGAAGAAACAUUAAAUUCGCUAAAUAUUUUCUCUGCUUGUAGUAAUAGUAAUCUUAAGACAUAUAAGUGAAAGCAAGUAAAGCCAUUAAAAUUCAUGGAAUUGGCUAGUUUCUUAAACAUUAAUAUAAGUUUAGUAAAAUAUCAGGUAAAGGUACAGUAUUUUAGAUAGGUUGAGAAUAAAUUACUUUACUAAAAAUUCUAUUGCAUUAUUUCUAAAAACAUGUAACUUUUCUUCAUUACAUGCUUAUAUGUAAAAAAAACUGUUUUAUAUAUCAUAUCAUAACAUGUAUGUCAAAAGUUAUGAAUUUCUAAUGAUUGUUUUAACACAACCAAGGAUAAAGAAACGUGAAAUUUUAACUCAUUAUUGAAAACGGUUAGGGUUCCAAAUUUAAGUGUGUAGUAAAGUAGUGUGUAUUGUAAUACUUUUUUUACAAUGUAGCCAUUAAAUUUAUUGGUUAGUCUAAAAUGUUUAUUUAUAUAUUGUACGAGUACAAUGAUCUACAUUUUACUCUUUGUAAAUAUAUUUCUGUAUUAAAACCAUUUAAAAAAUA